AUGGCUGAUGGGAAACCCGCCAGCGGCGGCGGCAGCGGUAGCGAGACGAACAUUGCUGCGUGGCUGUAUGGGGUGGAAGAUGUUCGUUUGCUUCCUGCACCCACCCCCUCGGAACUGGGGCCUCACGACGUGCGGGUGCGGGUGAGAGCCGUGGGAAUAUGCGGCAGCGACGUGCAUUACUAUAAGCACAUGCGCAUCGCAGACUACGUAGUGAACUCCCCCAUGGUGCUAGGCCACGAGAGCGCAGGCACGGUGCUGCAAGUGGGCUCGGCAGUGACCCGCUGCAAGCCCGGGGACGCAGUGGCCAUGGAGCCGGGGCGCGGGUGCCUUGCUACAGCCGCCGCGUGUGCGCACUGCGCGGGGGGCGCUGGCCGCUACAACCUGUGCCGCGACAUGCAGUUCUUUGCCACGCCGCCCGUGCAUGGAUCGCUGGCCAAUGAGGUGAUCCACCCGGACUUCCUCUGCUUCCCCCUGCCGCCCUCCGUGUCUCUAGAGGAGGGCGCCAUGUGUGAGCCGCUCAGUGUCGCCAUACACGCCUGCCGCCGCGCCCUUGCCGCCGGCCCCGCCAUCCUCCCCCUCACACACCCCUCUCACUCCUCAGUCCCGCCUUCCUCCGCCCCCACCACUACCUCCUCCUCCUCCUCCUCCACUCCCUCCUCGCCAUUCUCCUCGGAGCCGUCACUUGCCGGGUUGCAUGUGGCAGUGGUGGGAGCGGGUCCCAUAGGCCUGCUCGUGGCCAUGACUGCCCGCGCUCUGGGUGCCGCUGCUGUUGCCGUUGCGGAUGUUAGCAGGGACCGGGUGGCGUUUGCGGAGGAGGUGUUGUUGGGUGGUGGAGAGGGCGAGGGAGGAGGGGAGCGGGAGAAGGGGUGUGGAAUACGAGUGCUGCAGAUGGAAGCGGGUGCAACGGCUGAAGCCAAUGCCGCCCGGCUUCUAGAAGCAUGCUCGGGCACCAUCCACGUCACCAUGGACUGUGUUGGCAUCACCGCCACCAUGCGCACGGCUCUCCAUGCCACGUCAGCAGGAGGACGCGUUGUGCUCAUAGGCAUGGGAGAAACCGAGCCUGAGAUGUCCCUACCUAUAGCUUCGGCCGUGGCUCUCCGGGAGGUUGACAUUGUGGGUGUGUUUCGUUACUGUCACACGUAUGACACAUGCGUUGCGCUGUUGCGGGACCGGCGCGUUAAUGUGAAGCCGCUUAUAACGCAUCGGUUUGGGUUCUCGCAAGGAGAGGUGGAGGAGGCGUUUAGAGUGAGUGCGGGAGGAGGGAAGGCGAUCAAGGUCAUGUUCAAUCUGUAG